CUUCCCGAGCCCGCAGCAGCUCCGGGUCGGGGCCCCGCGGUUCCUGCGGCGGCUCCGCGAUGGCAGCGGCAGCGGGGCUGUUGGUGCUGUGCUGCGGGGUGCUGGGGGCACAGCGCGCGUUCGGAGAGGAUGGGGGCAUGGUGCAGCUGCCCGGAGGGACSUUCCAGAUGGGAUCCAGCUCCCUGGAGAGGAGCAGCGAGGAGGGGCCCGCCAGGGAGGUGACAGUGAAGCCCUUUGCUCUCGACAAACACCCGGUCACAAACAGGGAUUUCAGGGAGUUUGUUAAAGAAAAGAAGUACAAAACAGAAGCAGAAGCAUUUGGCUGGAGCUUUGUAUUUGAGGAUUUCGUAUCUGAAGAGCUGAAAAAAAAAGUCACCCAAAAACUGGAGUCGGCCCCGUGGUGGCUGCCCAUCGAGAAGGCUUUUUGGAGACAGCCCUCUGGCCCUGGCUCCAGCAUAAAGGACAGGCUGGAUUACCCAGUGCUGCACGUGAGCUGGAAUGAUGCUCAGGCCUUCUGUGCCUGGAAAGGGAAGAGGCUCCCGACAGAGGAGGAGUGGGAAUUUGCUGCCAGRGGAGGACUGGAGCAAAGGAUGUAUCCCUGGGGAAACAARUUCCAGCCAAACCGGACAAACCUGUGGCAGGGUGACUUCCCUCGGGAGGACACGGCUGAGGACGGAUACCAUGGUGUCUCCCCGGUGACAGCCUUCCCUCCUCAGAACAGCUACGGGCUCUAUGACCUGYUGGGAAACACCUGGGAAUGGACAGCAUCAGAAUUCCCAGCUCCACGACGGGCACCCAGGGCUCAGAACAUGCAGGUGCUGAGAGGAGCCUCGUGGAUCGACACCGCCGAUGGCUCUGCAAACCACAGAGCUCGUGUCACCACCAGGAUGGGGAACACACCAGACUCGGCCUCUGACAACCUCAGCUUCCGCUGCGCUGCCGACGUCCCGCCUGUCACAUCCUGGAAAAGCCAGACCAAACCUGAGCUCUGA